UGCUGCUUCCUUCACCGGUUCACGCACAAUAAUCAAUAAUGGCGGAGCUCUCAAUAAGUGGAGCAAGUACCAAAGGCGUGCAGGAUGAGGACGGGGAUUUCGAGCCCACCGCAGACAUGCUGGUCCAUGACUUUGAUGACGAGCAGACGAUGGAGGAGGAGGAGAUGCUGGAAGGAGAGACCAACUUCAGCUCCGAGAUAGACGACCUCACUCGAGAAGGCGAGAUGCCCCUUCAUGAGCUGUUAAAAAUGUAUGGGUACGGUGCGGCAGAUUCAGCAGACUCAGAGGAUGAAGGACCUGAAGAACAGGAUGUUUCAGAGAAUGACCAGAGCAGCAGUGCCCAUGGGAAUGUAAAGACAAACAAGGAGGACCGAGACGACGAGGACCAGAGGUUGUCCAGUGAGGAGUCUCCUGACCCCAGCAGGACAUACGGCACCACUCAGCUCCUCUGCUCUGAACCGUGCAGCUACUUUGAUGGUGAUGCCGACGAAUCCGAGGAUGAAGAUUACGUUCCAUCUGAAGAGUGGAAGAAGGAAGUGAAGGUUGGGCCAAUGUACCAGGCUGAGACACCGACUGAGCUGUGCAAAUAUAAAGACAAUGAAAAAGUAUACGAGAACGAGGAUCAGCUUCUGUGGAAUCCGGAGUUGCUGCCAGAAAACGAAGUGGUUGAAUUUUUAGCUGAAGCUUCCAAGCGGGUCGGAGAGCAGACCGGAGUGGAUGCCGUCCCAGAGAUGCCUCUAAUCAAAGACGACGAGGAGGCUCUCUAUGAGUUGAUCAAAUGCAAUUUUAAUAAAGAAGAAGCUUUAAAAAGACUGGAGUUUAACCCCAAGCCUGUUAAAGAUGAGCUGCCAGUGUGGACAGAAGAGGAAAGACAUGAAUUUGAGCAAGGGGACGAUGUUUAUGGAAACGAUUGUAACUCCGUGCAAGCCGAUAAGAUAAAACUCUGGAGGAGAAAACCUGAUCUUCACCCCUGUGUCGCGGACUCCACAGAGCAGACGCUGGCUGAGACGGAGAGCACGGAGCUCAGCCGAGCAGACGCUGCUCCUGCAGGAGCUUCCAACUGCAGCGGCCACCAGUUAGAUAGUAAAGGCAGUAGAACGACACACAACGGUGCAGAUUCCCGUCCUGUCGAUCUCGCGUCCUCUUGUGGCUCGGAUCGUAGCACAUCAGACACACAGGUCCAUUCCAGCCCCGAUCCCAACGUCAGCAGCUCGAACACGGACGCGGUUAGACGACAGAGGGAGGGCGAGGAGGAUUUGGAGAGACCGGCGAAAAAGCCGAAGACCGAGGUGGAGUUUCUCACGGCAGCGGCUGUUUAAGGCGUUCAGAGAAGGAGAGCAGAAGUUGCAGAUAGGUUUAGCUGCAUUUCAGGGAUUUAUUUAGAAGAAAUCAAUGCUUUUGGUUGCUAUUCUGAUCUAAUUCAUACCCCAAAGCAACAUACUAUAACCAGCCCAAAGUUUCAUGUAAGCUGUCUUUGUAAUGAUUGUGUUCCUCGGUGUAGGAUCAGGAUCCUAGAUAACAGUGAGACACAAAUUCAUUUCAUAUUGCUCAGUCAAAUCCAGACACACAGGAAAAUUCCUGUCCGUGAUAUUAGUGGCCAGUGAUCUCAGACUGCUUUAACAGAGCUAUUUAAAUACCUAAUUCCUUUUAUCAUUCUUGCAUAAUACAAUAUUUUUUAGUUCUUUAAGUUAAAGUCUGUAAACAAACUAAAUCUGUCACGUUCUACUACAAGCUGUUUGACGCUGCAUCUUUUUCCACAUGAGUUAAUUGGGAAAACUUCCUUUUUUCGUAUUAUUCCAAAAAAAACAAAAAAGUUCUUUGUAAGAAAAUUUGUGCUUAUUUUUGUAUUUGAUAGCUAUUUAUAUUUUGUAUACGGUUCCGGUUGAGCACACGCUUCAAGGGGAAAUGUAAGACUGAUUUAUUUAUUUCUAAUGUACUCUCUGUAUCUGUGUAAACACUAUUACACUAUCAUUUCAGUUUUCUAAAGUUUAUACACCGCAUCCAUGAUGUCUGAAGGACCUUAUUUGAGAGAUUGUUUUGUGCUUUCAAUAUGUUGUAAGUGGUAUAAAACAUUUGAACGUCUUUAAAAAAAAAAAAAAAAAACAACAAAAAAAAAACACUUUUCCUUAUUUA